UUGAUUUAAACCUAAAGUGAACCUACAACAGAAAUGGCGUCUACGUUCAAUUCAUCUCUUUAUAAGGCGUCGGAUUUAAUUCAUGACUUUACAUGUUCUCCUUGUGAAGAAGACGGACUUAACUCUGAGGCUCAGUACUUUUGUGUGGACUGUUCAAGAUAUUACUGUUCUCGCUGCGAGUCCAAACAUGGUGGCCUUUUUAAGAGACACAAAGUACUCGACCGGAAGGACGUAAAGAAAUGGGUUGCAGUGCCGGAGACGGUCGUGGACGAACUGGAGAGAUGCGAGCGGCAUCCAGGGAAAGCUGUGGAGCUGUUCUGUGGAGACCACCAACAACUCUGUUGUAACAUAUGUGUCUCAGUUGAUCAUAGGCAAUGCUCGUUGAUACAACACAUACCAGACGUUGCCAAAGGUAUCCGUAACAAACCGGAAUUCAAACAGCUGCCUCGACAAGUAGCCAAAAUCCAGGCACAAAUAAGAAAGCUGCAGGAUUCCCGCAAGACAAAUCAACAAUCGAUACGCGCCUCUCGGUCUAUGAUCCUACAAGAGAUCAAAGCUUUCCGAAAGAAAAUGAAUAAAGUAUUUGAUCACUUGGAACAACACACAAUUGAUGAAAUGGACUCUAUGGUGGAAACGUUUGAAGAGAAAAUAAAAGAAGACGUUGAACAAUGUGAACGCAUGAGCAAAGAGAUGGAAUCAUUUAUAGAUACAACUCAGACAAAGGGUAAGUUCGACGAAUCGCUGGCAUUCUUAGGAUAUUCAAGAUGUCAGAAAAUUAUCAAAGAAACGAAUAUUUUCAUCCAAUAUACUACAGCAACGGAGGAAUUGACAUUAUCGCUUGCACCAAACAUUGCGCUGCAUGACCUUAUUGCCUCUUUUGAAUCAUUAGACAAAAUUGGGGACAUCACAUAUUUAGGACAUGCGCUUAAGGUGGAAAUCAUUAAGAAGUACAAUGUUGCAAUUGUUGAAGACAAAAAUGAAUGCGAAAUAUCUUCACUAUGUGAACUUCCGACCGGGGAGGUCGUCCUUGUUGACGAAAAAAACAGCCGUGUAAAACUAUUAACGCACGAAUACCAGCCAGUCGACCAUUGUAACGUUUCUCAUUAUCCACAAGAGGUGUGCCACAUUGCGCGGAAUGAAGUGGCCGUGACUAUCAACUUGAAUUAUGACAACAGGCAUAAGGUUCAAAUGUUCAACGUUAUGUAUUCAAAGCUGCAACAGACAAGAUGCCUGAAAUUGGAGCACACAAUUAGAGGUAUAGCACACCAUUUAGGUCGUCUGUAUAUCACCUCUGACACUGCACUUCACUCUUACGACAUGAUAGGUAAUGAUAGGAGAAAGUUGUUUGAGGACAAGUCAGAUACGCACACUGUUUUUAAGUGUGCUAUAAGCUCUGAUGGCAGUACAAUCUACGUUACAAACUACUCAAAAAGUAAGCUUCUUACUCUGGAUAUUGCCGGAAAUAAACUGGCCACGUUAAUCGAUGCCGAUAUUAAAAAACCAUACGGUGUUCAUUCGUCCUCUGCCGGUCACGUUUUUGUAUGUUGUUCUGGCUCAAAAACUGUGCUCCAAUUAGACAAAGAAGGCAAGACGAAGAUGACUGUAAUGGCAUCUAGUACAGAAGGCGUUAAUUGCGCCUUGUCCGUGUGUUACCUGAAUCGCUCCUCAACCCUUGUUCUCGGCGAUAUAAGUGACAAUAUUCUUGUUUUGAAACUGAAAAAGAAUUGGCAAUGAGUAGUAAAAGAAAAUAUACAUGUAGUGGCAUUCCGGUUUAUGAAAACUAUGAUAGAAACAUAUGUAACGGAAAGUAUUAAUUCCAACGUCAUUAUAUGUCAGUAUAUACUUAUGCAUGCAUUUAUUUGAAUUGUGUGAUAACUAAGAAUGUCGUAUAAAGUUAUAAAGUAUGGUUAUUGGAUCUACAAUGUAUCAAACAAGAGAAUGAUAACUGUAAAGAAUAGACUUCUACUUUCAUAGUAUGGUCCUAUAAUUGGUAAAUUAAUGAUAAUAGUGUAUUUAAAAACCAUGUGUUUAUUUUACUGUUUCAUUGAACUUUCAUCAUCAACUUAUUAUUUUUACAACGGAUUUUGCGAUUGAUGAUGUAAAUAGAACUUCUUACAGCGGGUUUUAAAUGUCUUUUCCGUGUUAGACUUACGUAUUUCUUCUGGUAAAACAUUCCAAACUUUCCCACUGUAGCAUGCAAACGAGUGUUUCUUCUAUUGUGUUUUAUGUCGAAAGUGAGCAAUGUCUUGUCGCGUGGAAGAUCGUAAUCCAUAUCUUGUGUUGCUAGAUAUCUUAAUAAUGUCUCUUAUGUAACUCGGUGUAAGAUUAUUAAUAGAUUUAAAUACCAUAACAGCCGUUUGAUAUCUGCAACGGUAUUCAAAUUGAAGCCAUUCUAUUUUUUCAAAUAAUUCAUGCGAUGGCGUUCUAAUAGGCUUAAAGAGAAUAAUUUUUGCAGCUCUUUUUUGAAGCAAGGUGAUUCUUCUUAUAUGCGUUUGCUUACUUUUCCCCCAAACGCUACAACAAUAGUCAAACAUAGGAAGUAUAUACGAUUUAUAAAACAAUUGUCUCAUUUGAUCCGUUAAAAAAUAAUUCAGUCUUUUUAAAAGGGCUAUCUUUGCAAUUACUUUCUUGCAGACAAAUUCAACUUGCAGAUUCCACGACAAUGAUGAAUCAAUAAUAAUUCCAAGCAAUUUCUUCGAAGUUACAUUUUCAAUUAGUACUUUGUCUACGAAUAAAUUGAGUGCACAUGCAUUUCUUAAUUUUGCAUUUGAACCCAACAACAUGCAAUUAGUUUUUUUGUGGAUGUAUUGCCAUGUUGUUUACUUUGCACCAAUCCGAUACCAUAUCUAAAUUUAUUUGCAACGUACGUUCAAUUUCCUGCGUAUUUGAACUUUUUGCAUAUAGUGUAGUAUCAUCAGCAUAUAAGUCAAUCAUGGAAUUUUCAAUUUCAAAGGUUAUGUCAUUAAUAUAUAUAAGAAAAAGAAUAGGACCAAAAAUGGAUCCUUGAGGAACUCCAGAUCGUAUACAUCUUCGUGAAGAUUGGGAAUCCCCAAACUUUACAAUUUGGUGUCUAUCUUUCAAAUACGAAGUUAUCAGUUGGACGGAAUUAUCACUGAAGUUGUAUAAUUUCAAUUUAUGUAUAAGUAUUUGGUGAUCUACUAGAUCGAACGCCUUUCGUAAAUCAAGAAAGAGAGCACCUACAUAGUUUCCAUUGUCAAUUCCAUCAAUCCAAUCAUCAAUUAUUCUUAUCAACGCUGUAUGACAAGAAUGUUUUUCUCGAAACCCAGAUUGAAAUUCAUGUAUGACAUUCGUAUUUUUUAAAAAUGUUUUGAUUUGAUCUGCCAAGUGCCGUUCAAACACCUUUGACAGUGUUGGAAAGAUAGAAAUUGGAAUUGGGUUACAUAAUUGUCGGAUAAUGCAUGAUGUUGAUUAACAAUAAUGAAAAACAACACAUAUACAAAAUGAAAGGACGUUGAAGGCGAAUGAAAAGAACACUUAUUCACAAUGGUACUUCGUGAGGACCCCAGCUGUGUUUGAAUAGGAAUAGUCUCGGCUUGUGAACAACCAGCACCGAACAUUUAAGAAGUUGCCGUGCAAAGAAUAUAACAAUUAUAAUAUUUACAGUGGUAUUUCGUGAUGAUGUCCACUGCCAUCCGUACUGAGCUUGACUCUGAGCUUGCACUGUCAACCACGAUGGUAAUGGUCAGUAAUUCUCCGCGUGUGCGUACACAUCCAACACCGGACACCUAAGAAAUUGCACUAUCACCCAUGAUGGAAGUGGACAGUAAUUCUCGGCGUGUACGUACACAUCCAACACCGGACACCUGCCGUGCACUGUCACCCAAAAUGAUAAUGGACAGUAAUUCCCAGCGUGUGCACAUCCAA